CUUUGCUAACUCUGUUGAGGAAGCGGGAGCCGAGAGCAGACAAGUUUUUACUUGAACAGAACUCUUCAUUGGCUAAGCAGCAGACUUUUGAAUAAUGUCCUUUUCGACGUAGUAUUACUUUACCACUUCACAAUAUUAUAUUUUAAAUACAAAAUUGAUGUAAAAUAUGGGUGAUAAAAUGUUGUCAGUUCGAAUUGUGACAGCGGACAAUUACAUGGCAGAACCGAUCCCCCAGCUGGAUAUCACAUACUCAGAUUUCCGAGGAUGCGAAGUGAAGCGAGUCCCUGUUGUAAGGGUGUUUGGGGCUACUCCUACUGGUCAAAAAACCUGUCUGCACGUUCAUGGAUUGUUGCCGUAUAUCUAUGUGCCUUAUGAUGGACCACAACCUGUUGAUGAGCAAUAUUUACAUCGAUUUGCCGUUAGCAUUGACAAAGCAUUACAAGUUGCAAUGAACCAAUCUACUAACAGCACAAUCCAUGUUUUCAAAAUUACGCUUGUGUCUGGCAUUCCUUUUUAUGGUUACUAUGAAGAGGAGAAGCAAUUUAUGAAAAUAUAUUUUUGUAAUCCUAUUAUGGUAAAAAAAGCCGUUGAUCUGUUGCAUGGGGGCGCUGUAAUGAACAAGGUACAUCAGCCCCACGAGGCGCAUAUUCCAUUUCUCCUUCAGUUUUUUAUUGACUAUAAUCUUUCUGGUAUGGACCUAAUAAACCUUAGUGCUUUCAAGUUUAGACGUUCCAGUGAUGAUGAAAACCAGGCAAAAUCUACACUUGCAAUUAAAGAUGCAUCAAGUACUGGCUAUGGCAGUUUCCAUAGUAAUGUCCCUUCAACGGAGUAUGGUAAUACAAGUGAAGUACAAAGUCCAGAAUUGGUGGAUGUCGCCAGACAAAGCAUGUGCGAAUUGGAGAUUGACUGCGUAGCUGUUGAUAUUUUAAAUAGAUUACAGAUUGAGAAAAAUGUUGGUAAAAAUCCUGGCCUAAUGGCAAUAUGGGAAGACGAGAAGCAGCGACGGAAAGAAUUGAAUCAGCUUUCACAAUUGUUACCUCCCUCAUCACCAGAACGUGGGUUUGUUCCGCCAACUGAAAGUGAAAGGCAACAUCUUGCCAGGCUAGAUACAAUCAUCCAACAACAGUGUGCAUUGCUGAAAAGUCAGAUAGACAGUGAAGAUGAUAACAGUUCAUCCCAGGACACGCUACACCUCAGCCAAUCAGAUGCAAGCUUUAUAAAAUCGCCAAAUCAAUCACAAGAUUCUAUAUCCAUGCAAGAGGUGGAACCAUGCAUUGAUGAAGAAGCUGUCCUAUCUGUUGUAUCAGCCAGCCAAAGCUUUAGUAUGUCCCAAGCCUUAGGUGCGACUCAAGAUAAGCAAUUAAUUGCAUUAUUAGCUGAGUUAGCUGAGGAUAACUCCCCGGAAGAUGAUAGCAUCUUAUCAGGAUUAAGCCAGAGAAAAACAAAGGAAGAUGAGAAUGUAAUCAGCCAAAAAGAUAUUGAAGAGGAGGAGGAUGAAGAUAUGCUAAUGAUGACCCAAGCUUGGGAUGAGGAUAUAGAAGAUGUUGCUGAGAUGUCCACUCAAAAUAGUGGUAAGACCAGCCCAGAUGAGAUGGAUAUUCAUCUGUCAUGGUUGAAUGAUUCCUUUGAUUUGAAUGAAGAGAAGCCUGGUGGUAAUUUUCCACAAGUUGAUGGAGGUUCAGAUGAAAAAGAAGUAGCCAUGCAGUACAUUGCCAAGAAGCCAAAAACUUUAGGUGCUCGACGUCGUAACAUACAGACAGAAAAACCAAAGGUAGCAAAACAGGGACCAAAGAUUUGCAAGAUGAAAGCAAGAGGGAUUAGUAUGGAAAUGCAACUAGAAAACAGAAUUUAUCGACUGGACAAUGUAAACAUGAAAGAAAUUUCAUCUAUUCAAGAGGCAGAUCCAAAUAGGCUUAAAGAAGUUGAAAUGAAAGAAGGGGUUCAACCUAUGCAAGAGGCAACUCAGAUUAACAAUAAACAAUUAGAAAAUGAACAUACUGAGAGAGUAUUUACGGAAAUGAAGAAAUUUAAAACAGAUGUGAAAACAGUUGAUGCACUGACCAUAAAAGAUGCCUCUGAUGAGGAUCUAUCACAUCAGAAAAUGCAGCUUAAAGAUUCAGGGCUUGGAGAGGAUUCUUGGUGUGUAAAGGAUUCAGCAGUUGUGAGAUGUAAAGAACAGUAUAAGAAUAAUCCACAAGGAUUACCAAAGAGUGAUACUACCCUCCCAAUAAACUGUGCCAUUCCAGAAGUAGUUUAUUCUAAAGAUUCUACUGGAGGAGAAAUUAAAGGUAUAUCUUGGGAUAACACUAUUUGUUAUAGAAUGGCACAAAAGAAAUCUGAAUCAAAAACUGAUAAAAUCUACACAACAAUUGACACUCAGGUAUUCAAUAGUAUGAAAGCACCCACUGUAAUGAAGCAAGUAUAUAAAGAUACCUCAGAAAUGUCUCUUACUGCGACAAUAAACAGUAAAGAUAAACCCUGUCCUGAGACAAAGACAUGUAUGUAUGCCAAUGAAACUGUUAAAGAUGUUGUUAAUAACAAAUGCUUUCCAGUUAAGCUUACAAAAAUGGAAAAUUUAGAUUCUAUGCAUUAUGUUAGUAUAAGUGAUGAGGAUUUCCAGCAAGAGAGAUGUGCCUUCAAGAGGAAUAGAACAAAUAAAACAAAUCCAAAUUGCAAAAGAAAAAGCAGAAAUGUUAAUAGAACUUGGAAAAGCCGAACACUUCCCUGUAAAGCCAAUGGGAAAUUCAGGGAAUUGGUUGAAGACUUUAUGGUGGGAAAAUCUUUUGAUGAUGAAGAUGAUUUUAAAACUAAAGAGAAGAAGAAAACAAGUGUAGCUAGUAAAUUAUUACUGGAUGACAACCCAUUUAAAGGAUGUCGAACACUUAAAGUAUUAAUCAACAAAGUUAGUGCAGAUAAACAAACUAUAAUACUGACCAAGAAGUUUAUGAAACAAGUGCAAAAGCAACUGAGUCAAAUUAAGGCAAUCCAGUUGGGUAGUCUGCAGAAUGAAAACAAAAACUCUACCUCAGAAUCCAAUACAAACCAUCCAAAGAAAUCUAAUAAAAAGCUUCUUGCAUAUAAGAAAAGUAGAGUGAAAGCAUCCCUUGUAUUUCUUGACAAUGACCAGCCAGUUAAAGAUGUCAUCUCUUCCUUGAAAAAUGAAACCAAGCAUGGACUUGAAAUUUUGCAGUGUGACUUGAAUAACAGAAAAGAUGCUAGUAAUGAUUCACAGCAUAAGAAUCAUCUAAAGAUUAGGAAUGAGUCUGAAGAUUCUGGAUCUCGAUUGACAAGUUUGAAAAGUUCAGAUGUUAGUAAUCAUUCAAAUCCAAGAGUAGGAAUAAAAUUAAUGAAACGGGAUGGAAACCUUAUUGUUCAAGACAUUAACUCUACAUUUUCUGGAACAAAUAAUGACAAAUCGCAAUUUAAAAGCAGACAAAAGCCAUCCAAACUUUCAAGACAAUUUUCCACUGGUGAAAUUAAGGUAAAGAAAUUACCUGAACAAAUGUUUGAUACUGACAAUACAGACUGCGAUUCUCUGUAUGAAGAUGUUUUGAGGUCUCUUGCAUAUUAUUCUCCAGUUCCUGAGUCUCGGUGCUCCAGUCCACCAAAAUGCUGGUCGCCAACAUUUAGCUUUGAUGUCCCAGAUGUGAAUACAGUAAUAUUAAGUGAAGGUGUCAAUACAUCAAACAAGAAUGAUCUUAGCCAACAAAUCAAGGAGGACAAAAACCUUUCCAGUAAAAAUCAAGUGCUGUCCUCUUUGGGUGCCAUUGUGGCUGAUUCAUUAGACAACACUCACCAGAUAAAUACACCAUCAAAUACUUCUUGUGAUGUUAGUCAUAGGAAUCACUGUGCUCAGAAUGCACAAUGUGGAAACACUGUGGAACUGACAUCUGGAAAUAAUGUUAAUUUAGCAGCACAAGAUAAUGAACAAUCCUUAGAAGACGUCAUAACUGAUACUACCCAGUCUGCUUUUAAACCUAUGAAUAAGGACAGGAAAUCGAUCAGCUCACCUAAAAAACAAAAGAACAAGGACAACCAACAAGUGUGCUCUGUGGGUACACCAAGUGAUAACCAAAAAUCCUACUCUGUGGGUACACUAAGGUGCAACCAACAGGUUUCUUCUGUUGGAUCACCAAAAGACAAACAGCAAGUCUGCUCUGUUGGUACACCAGACGACAACCAACUAAUCUGCUCUGUUGGUACACCAAAGGACAACCAACAGGUCUGCUCUAUUGGUACGCCAAAGGACAACCAACAGGUCUGCUCUGUUGGUACACCAAAGGACAACCAACAGGUCUGGUCUGUUGGUACACCAAAGGACAACCAACAGGUCUGCUCUGUUGAUACACCAAAGGACAAUCAACAGGUCAGCUCUGUUGCUACACCAAAGAAUAACCAACAAAGCUGUACUGUUGGUACGCUAAAGGACAAUCAAGUAGUCUGCUCAGUUAGUACACAAAAGCACAAACAGCAAGUCUGUUCUAUUGAUAAACUAAAGGACAACCAACAAGUUGGUACUUCUGGUACACCGAGAGACAACCAAGUUCCUACUGUUGUCAUACCAAAGGUCAAUCAACAAGUCCAUUUGACUGGUACACAAACAGAAAACCAGAAGGAUGUUGCUAUUGUUAGACCUCAAGGUAAACUCUUUGACAAACCUCAAGAUAAAUUUCAUCAGAAUUUGAGUGCAAAACCUCCAUCUUCCAACUUACAACCACCUAUAUCUACAGUCAUACCACCUAAACAUCCUUGCCAGCCAAAUCAACCAUACUGUCAGCAAAAGCAUUCAUCCGUGAGAAGAUAUGGCUCCUCAAAAAUCAGUAGUCCAAUUGGUACUUCAUUAAUAAAUCCAGAUCCAUCUAGCCCUCACGUUUACCAUUCAAACUGUAGUCCAAGUAACCAGCAAUGUAUACAUAGCACAAAGGAACCUGUGCAUCAUCAAUUUACUAAACCAUCAGCUAGAUGCAAUGUACCAAUGAUUAACUGGAGUCCAAUUGAAAGCCAAAGUCAUCAACAUCACAUUCAAAGGCCUUAUAAAGGCAAUGCAGCAGGGACGACUUUGGAAGCUUACAAUUCACAAUUUGGCAAAAUCUGGACUCCAAGUAGGUCUUGGAAUCCUAAUCUUAUUACAAAUUUGAACAUUGCAAUUGGUGAUUUUCAGACUUCAUCAAAUUCUAGUACAAUUCAGAGUCCUCAAUCUUGCAGUGUUAGUUGCAACCAAGUGUAUAAUCAGAGGAUAAUGGGGUUGCAGAACAACAUGCCUGUUACUCCAGUUGAUAUAUCAAAAAGCAACAUGUUGACAGACAUUUCUUGUAAACAGCCAGUUGAUAAAAAACCCAAAAAAGCAAGAAGAGUAAGGAGAAAACGUUUGAUACAAACAUCAGAAGAUAACUCACAAAUGCCAGAGAAAAAGCGAAGGAAGACAGAGAAAAAUCAAAGUCAGAUUGAUCAAGUUAAUUCAACAUUACUUCAUGAUUCAAUGGAGACAAUAGAAACCUUACCAAAGAACAAUCUUAUCAAUGAUUCUAAAAUUAAUACAUUUCCGUGUGAAACAUCACCCAGUUCAUCUGAAAUGUCUGGUAUGCCCAUUCUGAAAAAUCUUCUGUGUAGUACCAACAACAAUAAAGUGAAUUCCAAUGAAGAGGGAGAGUGUGAAUCAACAUCAUUUUUGGACUUAUUUCGAGAAGCUAUUAGAGCACAGAAUGAAGAAAUAGAAAUGGCAUUAUCGCAGGAAGUCACAUAUUCUGAAGAACCUGUCAUGUUAACCUCAGAACUUGAUAUUAAAAAGGAUACUGGAACAAGGUCAUCUGAGCAUACUAAUGACAAAAUUAGUAAUGAAAAUGUAAUGGAGGCUCAUUCAUUUGAUUCUCAAAUGUCAAUGUUGAGUCAAAGAUCAACUACCAAUGGACAUACAUCAGCUACUCAAUGUAAUACAGAUAUUGUCCAAAUUAAUAAGAAUAACAUUGGUACAAAUACAUCAGAUUAUAGUGAGCAAUCUAAAAGUAUGAAGUCUGGAAAUGGUUUGGAAAAUUCUGAAUACUUGUCAGAUUCAUUGUAUUCAACAUGUAGUGGCAGUAAUGAUGAAACAUCUCAUUUACAGGAUUCUCCAGGAUUACUGAUUGACAGUGCAAGUGUGAACACUGGCAAGAACAAACUUUCUAUGACAGGUGGAAAGUCCCCAAUUAUUCCAAUUCCAUGCCAAGAAACAAAGCAAAACAAAACAGCUGUUAUUUCUUUACCAAAAACUGAAGUUUUGGACUUUCUGGGUAAAGGGGGUAUAGAGGUGCAACAAUAUUUACCUGAAAUUACUCCCAAACUAACUUCUUCACCAUGUUUGCCAUCACAUAAAUCAACAGAUACAAUGAGUAAUUCGAGUUUGAUUCCAAGUGAUGAAAACGUACAGAGUUCCUUACAACAAAUUUCAAAAGCAAAUUAUAACAUAGUAGGAGGGACUAGGAGUGAAGUUCAAGAUCAUUUGUCUAAGUCUUUUAAUGCUCACAUAAAGGAGCCUCUGUCAGUAAGUUGCAAUACUAAAAAAGUUGAGAAUAUUGGCAGAAGUUCACCAGUGAUUCCAUGGCAAGGAUCAUUAGAUAUACCAAAUACUGGAAGUCAGGAUGUGGUUGAUACUUUGAGAAAUUCUGUUCAAGUUAAAAGUAAUCCAUCAGAAACAAAUUCUAAAUGUGUUAAUGUGAGUACUGUAAGAGAAGAGCAAAUGGAGCUUGAUAAAACAAGUAAAGAAUUAAAAUUAUCAUCAUCCUCCAUCCAUGGAGAGAGGAGAUGUACAAAUAAACAAAAGAGUGAAAUGAUAGAUAAACAACAUAUUUUAAUGUAUAGGGAACCAGCUGAUGAUAUUGAUGAUGAAAGUAUUUCCACACCUAAAGCAACCCUGCCAAAGAUCAUGAAAUCUACAUCAGAAGGAAAUGAAGAAGAUGUGUAUCACAAUAUGAAGUUUGAAACAAAUGAGGAUCAAGAAAGUCUAACAGAUAUCAAUCAUGAUAAUGAUCUUGAUUCUGAACAAUCAAAAUCCUCAAAGAUAGAAGAUGAGUCGAUCCUGGAUAUGUCAUUGUCUCCACCAAUUCUAAAGACAUCUGAUAGAAAUGACCAAAGUUUCCCCAUUUACAGUGUCCCAAACACACCUGACUCCUCUGGAUUUUCAAGUCAAAAUUCAUUUUCAGAGAUAGCCAUUCCGGACACACCAGAUUCAAAUCGGACAUCAGUGUCAAUCUCGGACACAGAACCUUUAAAAUUAAGUCAACAACACUCCCAUGAAGAAAGAGUGGAUGUAGCUGACCAAAAUAUAUCAAACCAAGAUAUAGUCGAUGAUAAAAUUUUACCAGUAUCACAGCCGAGGAAAAGACACUUUCAAUGUACUGAUGCAUCAUUAGAAGAUAUUUCUAUGAUGUCAUUCUGUUCUCCACUAAAAUCUUGCACAAAGAUUGCUGGGACUAAUGAAACUCGUUCUGAUAAAUCUGAUCAAGGAACACCCAAGAAAGAAGAAAGAGCAGCAUCUCAGAAAGAAGACCAUGAACCCAAGCAAUCCCCUCAGAGCCCAAUUUCUCAGGAUAAACCCUCAGACAGUCAACCUAAUGAUGGACAGCCUUUAUCAUCAGUAACUGAGAGAUUGAAAGUUUGGCAGCCACAACAGACACCACCAUCUAGGACAGCAGUUGUUGAAUCGCUUGCCAAAUAUGGGCUGAAAGAAUUUUACCAUCAAGAAGCCUAUUGUCGCAAUCCAGCUGACCUGCCAGAUAAAUCAAGUAAUCAACCUGUGCAUCACAACAGAAUUAAGUCUCUUAUUCCAUCAGAGUUUCCAAAAUUUGACAGCAUUUUAUCAACAAAUGGGAUUCAGCAUUGGAGAAGAUUGCUAGCAUUUUCAAACUUGCCCUCUGGAAGCCAGGAUGUUAACAGUAGUUUCCAGUUGAUCAACGAAAUUGAGAAUCGACCAGAAUUGAGAGCUCUUACACUUGGCAACAAAGUUACAGCAAUUACUCCUUGCAAAAUGCCACCAUCAAGGUCAGAGGUCAUGAAAUGGAUGACGGGAAAAGAAUUGUACAGGCAGAAUAAACGAAGGAAAUUAGAUGAGACAGAAACAAAUGAGGAUUUUGAUGAAACCAUUAGUGUGGUAAAAAAUGUAGACAAAGAAGAUAUGAAAGUGGUUGAAAAAGGAAUUGAUGAGACUCAUGGAUCUUUACCAUUAUCUAGUCAACCAGAAUUUGGUCAUUUUAAUGAUUCAAAUGUUUGCACUCCAGUGUCAAAGAAGUCAAAGACAAGCUUUGCAUUACUUCAGUCAAGUCAACCGCAACACAGCACACCACUAAGAGAGAUCAGUACGCCACCACACAUAACGCAACUUACACCUAUCGCUGAGAGGACGGAAGCUUCAAAGAGACAAGACAAGACAGAGCAGCAAAAACCACAACUUAAUAGACAAAAUUUGGAGACUUUUGCUACACCGGUUACUAGAAAAGCUUCAGAUUUGUCGAUAAUUGAGGGACCUACGCCAAACAAUACUUAUGGAUUUAAAAUGAGCCAACAUAACUUGCAAGAUGCCAAGGCUGUUCAUGAGGUACAGCAUAUCACUGUUAUGAGUUUGGAAAUUCAUUGUAGAUGCCGUCUGAACUAUCGUCCAGAUCCAGAGGCUGAUGCUAUCUUUGCAAUAUUUUAUUGCAUUCAAUCUGACAGUGACCCUUCAGAGAAAUUGACAGGGGUUAUAACCCUUGACCCAAACUCUGCAGCUGAUGGUAGCAUACAGAGUACUAGCCUUGGGAAGAGGUCAUUCCUAGCAAGAGCUGGCAUUGGAAAACUGGAGGAGAACGUUGUUGCUUCAGAACAAGCAAUGUUUGAAGAACUUGUCAAAGUCGUAAAUAGAUAUGAUCCUGACUUUUUUGUUGGAUAUGAGAUCCAGAUGUUGUCUUGGGGAUAUCUUCUUCAAAGAGCAGAAUUUCUUGAAAUUAAUCUAUAUUCACAGUUGUCAAGGAUACCAGAUGUUAUUGCAAAACAAAGCAAAUUCUCAGGACAUAAGGAUGAAUGGCAUUCAUUUUAUGUCUCCGAUAUCAACAUUGUGGGAAGAGUAGUUCUCAACCUGUGGCGGCUUUUGCGACAUGAGGUUGCAUUGACAAACUAUCGCUUUGAAAAUGUUGCUUUUCAUGUGCUCCACCAACGAAUUCCAGAGUAUUCAUUCCGAUGUUUAUCUGAUUGGUUUGAUCAUAAGACUGAUCUAUACAGAUGGCGGACAAUUGAGCAUUAUGUAACGCGAGUACUUGGCAUUAUGAAGCUGCUCAAUCAAUUAGAUCUGAUUGGUCGAACUAGUGAGUUGGCUCGUCUGUUUGGCAUACAAUUCUACUCCGUGUUAUCAAGAGGUUCUCAGUAUCGUGUAGAAUCUAUGAUGUUGCGUUUGGCAAAACCAAUGAAUUAUAUUGCUAUCUCUCCAAGUGUUCAACAGAGAGCCAGAAUGAAAGCUCCCGAAUGCAUUCCAUUGGUGAUGGAACCAGAGUCACGUUUUUAUGAAGAUCCAGUCAUUGUCUUGGAUUUCCAGUCGCUGUACCCAUCCAUGAUGAUGGCCUAUAACUAUUGUUAUUCAACAUGUUUAGGAAGGAUAGAAGGAUUAUCAGAAGAUGGCGAAUUUAAGUUUGGUUGUACAACUUAUAGUAUUGCACAUAAGAACCUGAGGAAGUUGUUUAAUAAGAAUGACAUCCAUGUUUCACCCAAUGGGAUAGCUUUCGUCAAGUCGCAUGUCAGAAGGGGUGUAUUGCCAAGAAUGGUUGAAGAAAUCCUAGGAGCAAGAGUGAUGGUCAAAAAAGCAAUGAAAGAUCACAAACAGAAUAAGGUGCUUCUUCGUAUGUUGGAUAGCCGUCAACUUGGUUUGAAGCUUAUCGCCAAUGUCACUUAUGGUUAUACUGCUGCUAGCUUCUCGGGUAGAAUGCCUUGUGUGGAGAUUGCAGACAGCAUUGUACGCAAAGCAAGAGAAACAUUGGAGCGAGCAAUUCACCUGGUGGAGAGCUCAGAUAGGUGGGAUGCUCAGGUUGUCUAUGGUGACACAGACAGCUUAUUCAUCUUAGUUAAGGGUGUCAGCAAAGAGCAAGCAUUUAAGAUAGGGAAAGAAAUGGUAGAUGCUGUAACAGCAGACAAUCCUAAGCCAGUCAAACUCAAAUUUGAAAAAGUGUACCAUCCAUGUGUUUUACAAUCUAAGAAACGUUACGUAGGCUAUAGCUACGAGACUCUUGACCAGAAAGAACCAAUUUUUGAUGCCAAGGGCAUUGAAACCGUUCGAAGAGACAAUUGCCCCGCAGUUGGCAAGAUCCUUGAACGUUCUAUAAAGCUUUUGUUUAACACCCAUGACAUCUCCGAGGUCAAGAGUUACGUGAAGCGACAAUGUAACAAAGUUCUUGAGGGACGCAUCAGCUUACAAGAUUUUAUUUUUGCCAAAGAGUAUCGAGGGAAGAGCUCCUAUCGUCCUGGGGCCUGUGUUCCAGCUCUAGAACUAGCUAAACGCAUGUUGUCAAAUGAUCAUCGUUCUGAACCAAGAACUGGCGAGAGAGUUCCUUAUGUGAUCGUUUAUGGUAGUCCAGGCUUACCUCUCAUCCAACUUGUACGUUCACCAAUAGACGUAAUCCAAAAUCCCAGUCAACGGCUGAAUGCAAUCUACUAUGUUACUAAGCAGAUUCUUCCUCCAUUGGACAGGAUAAUGUCCUUAUUUGGCGUUGAUGUGCACCAAUGGUAUAAUGAACUGCCUAAAGUAGUAAAGCUUGCUCCACCAAUAGCACUCGGAACUGAAUCCAAACAAGGCACAAUAUCUCAAUAUUUCAACACUAUGAAUUGUGAGAUGUGUGAACAACUGACCAAGACUGGGAUUUGCUCAAACUGUAGAAAGAACCCUCAAAAUGUCGCAACGACAUUAUGUUAUCGUAUGCAUGAUGUUGAGAAAACUUACUCAGCACUAAAAACAGUAAGUAUAAAUUUAGUAUUAAUAUUUUUUAAGAUUUAAUAAAUACAUAUGAUA